GCGGCGUUAUAACAACAUAUGACCACCAGUAAUUGUACUAUUCACUCGUGUUAUUUACACAAAUGGAGUAAAACUCAAUGUUACGUGAAUUUCAAGUGCUGAAAUUACAAAUAAGUCGGGCAGUUUGUGUGUGAAGCGUUGGUUUUUGGUGAAAAUGGAGUAUUUUUGGUGCAUCGUGCUUGUUUUGGUUUUCGGGAAUCUGGCUGAUGGAAUUAGAGGACCACAAAAGGUGCUUCUGUCGGUGUACUACGAGAGCCAGUGCGUAGACAGCAAGGUUUUCGUGCUGGAACAGCUGCGGCCCGCACUGCAACUAUUGGACAAACAUAUCAAGCUGCAACUCGUUCCGUUUGGGAAGUCGAGGAGUGUAAACUAUGGUGACGACGGGUUCGAGUGCCAGCAUGGUCCAUCGGAAUGCCUGGGCAACAUGGUGCAGGACUGCGCGCUGUAUCAGAUGAGGCACCAAUCCAACCUAGAGCAGCUCGCUUACGUAGCCUGUGAGAUGGAGAGUGAAGCGGGAUCCAGGGGAAGCUUGGAGUGUGUCCGAAGAGCUGGGCUACGGACGGAGCAGGUGGAAAACUGUUUGAACAGCAGACAAGGAACGGAGCUGCAGCUGGACUCCGAGUAUCUGACGCUGCUCAUGAAGCCCAAGUUCAUACCCACUAUCACCGUGGACUUGUUAUUCGACCAACACGUGCAAGACAACGCGCUGGUGGACCUGACGGAGACCCUUUGCGCAGAGCCGGUGCUCGAGAAAACUGCCGCCUGCGCACACUAUUACAAUACCUUGGCGUUGAAACAUCUGUCCUUGUACCCAUUCGAUGAUGAGGCAGAGAACAUACCGCUCUACAAGUAUCAGACGUACUUUUAUAUCGAUUAAAGCUAUGUUUUUGUGGAUCCAUGUCAUUUUAUUUGUAUUAAAAGUAGCUUCACUAGAACAACUCUCAAUAAAGGUAAGGUCUUUAGUAUAAUAAUAUCGUUUGUAGCUGUCUACUACGCGCAGUGUUUUAGAAAACUGCUGCCUGUUCCCACUAACACUGUGCAACACAUAGGUUCUUCUAUAACGAAAGUUCGACAAACCAGAGUAGCAGAAAUUACCCACUGCUCUACGAGUCUUCGUAUUGCUUUUUCUACUUAAUGCAACUAAAUACCCUCUUAUUCCUCGCGUUAUCCCGGCAUUUUGCCUCGUCUCAUGGGAGCCUGGGGUCCGCUUGACAACUAAUUCAAAGAAUUGACGUUAGGCACUAGUUUUUACGAAAAUGACUGCCAUAUAUAUCUGACCUUCCAACCCAGAGGGUAAACUAGGCCUUAUUGGGAUUAGUCCGGUUUCCUCACGAUGUUUUCCUUCACCGAAAAGCGACUGGUAAAUAUCAAAUGAUAUGGACAUAAGUCCGUACAUAAGUUCCAAAAACUCAUUAAUUGGUACGAGCCGGGGUUUUAACC